CUAUAUAUUUAUUACUCCCAAAGUAGUAUUAUUAUAGUUUUUACUAUCCUAUAUUAAACUUGCUAGCACAAGUUUAAUCUUGGACUCCGGAGCAAGUUCGUGUGGAUACGUUGGAGGCUUCAUACGUUUGGCGCUACGUUCAUCUCCUCAAAACCAUCCCCGACCGUUCCUCCGUUCUCCGUUUUCACCGUUAAGUCUUUGCUGAUGUUUUCAUGGAUGCGCCGGUUUCUUUCCUUCCAAAUUUGGUGGGAGAUGAUUCCAGAGAUGGCAUAUGGAAGGCAAUGAAGUGAUUCCAAAUUUCCUCAAAUGUGCAGGGAAGGGUAGCAGUUUCUAGUGAAGGCGCCACUGGAAGAAGGAGAUUUUUGGAAUUUGCUUCAUGUUCCAGAUGAUUUGCAUAUGUUGGAGAGGUUCGACAUCCUCUUCCUCUUCCUCAGGUUGGAUUGCAAGGUUACCCUGAAAAAAUGGCCAGUGAAACCAUCAGGUCCUGGAGAGCUGUCUGGGCAGAGGUCCCAGAUUGCAGUUUUAACCUCUUCCAUGGUGGGGAGGCUGCAAAGGGAGAGGUUGUCAUUAGGGUUCAGGGUGAGGGGAAUAUUGUCCAGGAUUUCUGGGUAUAGGUCAGUUCCCUCAUGUGUGAAGAGGGUAUUGAAAAAAGAGGUGGCCUCUGAAGCAAUGUCAUCCCACUCAGUCCCCCUCCUUUACCCAUUUCAGAUUGGAUUUUUGCUUCCAGCUUCUUCAGCUAGUUUGAGUUUAUCCUCCUGCUUAGUUCUGUUCUUGAGGAUGUUCCCAAAGGGCUUUGCUUGUGAAAAGUUGAAGAGCAGAGUCAAAAUCCAGUCCAAGCUGAAAUUGGGUUUGGGACAUUUUCUGGGAAAAGUUUCUCCUUCUGAGUGGGGAAUCUUAGCCAUUGGAGGAGAGAAGUGCUUGCAGGAAGCUGAAUGUCUGUUAAUCCCUUUGCAGAUUUUACAGAAAUCAGGGAGCCAUCAGUGCUCUAUGAUCAUGAAGGUGAAUGGGCAGGUUUGCAAUGGAAAUCCAGACAGGAAUGAUAGGAGUUACCUUAUUGGGGUCAAAAUCAGUGGUCCAUUUGGUGAUGUUCAUGGUUGCUCCUUGGACAUUCCAAUCUUUGCGCAAGAAUAAUCUUUGGUAAUCCUUUUCAGACGAGAAGUUGAUGAGGACAUGAGCAGGGUGGAGGAGCCCAACAGAAAAACCCACAAAGCCUAUUUUUUCCAACCAU